GCAGCUCGGGAGUCAGAGAGGAGGAGGAAGUGACGUGACUCGUCGCUCAGUUCCGGCGGGCGAGGGCGGGUGACGGCGAUGGCGGCGUCUGCGGCUGGUCCGAUGCCGGUUCCCCGCGCGGAGUUGAAGUUGGUCCGGCUGCUGAGCCGCUGCGAGGCGCUGGCGGCGGAAAGACGCGGGCCGGACGAGUGGCGGCUGGAGAAGUAUGUAUCUGCUCUGGAGGAGAUGCUUCUUGCACUUAAGAAACACACCAGCAAACCCGCUCCCGAGGUGCUGAACGAAUAUUCCCGCAAGGUGGACUUCUUAAAGGGACUGCUGGAAGCAGAUAAGCUGCCGUCAUCAUCUGAAAAGGCCCUGGCGAAUCAGUUCCUGGCCCCCGGGCGGACCCCCACCACCACCAAGGAGCGGACCCCGGCAACCAAGACCGUGCACCUGCAGAGCAAGGCCCGCUGCACGGGCGAGAUGAGGAGCGAGCUGCUUGAUCUGGACGAGACGACCUUGAGGAAGCGUGUGGGCCCGUUCCCUGACGAGAAGCAGUCGGCUGCUGAGCUGGAUGCCGUCCUUCAGCACCACCACAGCAUCCAGGAGAAGUUGGCCGAAGAGAUGCUGCACCUGGCCCGCAACCUCAAGAGCAACACUCUGGUGGCGCAGAACGUGAUCAAGCAAGACAACCAGACACUCUCUCAUUCGCUCAAGCUGGCCGACCACAACUUUGAGAAGCUGAAGGAUGAAUCUGACCGCCUGGAGCAGCACGCAAAGAAAUCGGUCAACUGGUUCCUCUGGCUGAUGCUGAUUGUCGUCUGCUUCAUCUUCAUCAGCAUGAUCCUGUUCAUCAGGAUCUUCCCCAAGUUGAGGUGAUCUCCAGGUUGACUGCAGGCUUGCCUCCUUGCCUCGCACUCUCCCCUGCGAAGGCCUGAGGCGCUUGUCCGAUUCAGUCUCUGAAGAUACCCGGCGGAAGAAGGCUCUGUUACCGCCAGACUGCAGCACCUGACACCUGGGGAAAUAUCCCUCCUGCUUAGGAGGGUGACUGGGGAGGCACCUUCAACUAAUAGGCUAAUGAAAGCCUGUUAGCUGAAGGAGGACGUAGCCUUGUGUGACCUGGGAGAGGCAGAGGAACAGCAGCUUCUGGGGCCUGGUUCACCCAGACCAGGGAGGUUGCAAGGCUGUGCCUGGACUCUGUCAUUUCAGGCUGAAGUCAUCCACACCCACCUCCUGCAUGCAAACAGGCACGGCUAGGCUAGACCCUCUUCCUCCUUCGCCAUCUUAUGUUACGUUUGGAUGAAGGGAGCAUUCUGUCACGUAAGGCCUGCCGACGUGACGCUGAGCAGUGUUGAAGGCACAUUUGCCACCGAGCUCUGCCGUUUUGCAAGGGACGGUGCACUCUUAGGCAAUCCCUCUUGCCUCAAGGCAGAAACUCGUUGUCGGGACUGGCCGCGAGGAAUAAAAACGUGACGAUUUCAUUUAUCUUUGAUGAGUUUCUGAAUGCCUUCUGGUAUUCAAGUCCUGGUUGCCUUGAGGGCAGGGCAGCCUAAGGGCCCCAUAACCUCAGGCGCAGGCAGUGGAGUGGAACCCUUCAUGCUUCUGCCUCCCAGCCAAGGCAGGGGUGGUGGGAAAGAGGAGAGUCCAGCCUGGCCAUUUGGGAGGCGGAUUGGGACCUCGGCAAAUGGAGUACAAUGCUCAUGCAUCUGUCAGCUCGUGGUUAGGCUAGAUGUGCCCCCCUCCUCAGCCCCCCCUCCUCUUCCCCCUUUGGGAAGCAACACCAGGGGGAGUAAGAGCUGCUGUGGUGGUGGUUUUCAUGAGGCAUCCUCUCAUUAAGAGCAGUCCUGGAGGUAAAGGGCCAACGGUGUGGUUAAUAAUCUGCAGAGAACAGUGUCUGCCUGCUCUCUCUCCCCAGCAAGGCCUCACCCUGUUCCUGAAGCACCCGGGCACUUGGCACUCGCCCCGCAGGAGGGCUGGGCCUGCAGAAGUGCAGUCCCCUCAGGGAAGGGAAGAGGAGUCACUGCCACACUUGACCACCAGCCCCAGAUGCCAGGGCUCUUCCCUCUCCCUCCCCUUGCCCCAUGGUGCUGCUUCCCUGUGCUGGAACCCCAAGCGCCCUCUGCUCCCCUCCACCACCGCCACCCUCCUGCUCAGAAAAUGUGCCUCUGCCUGCUGAUUCGGAACCCAAGUGAUGUAUCACCAACUGGCGUGCUGCAGCUCACACAUUAAAAAUCUCACUCGCUGUAA